AUGGGCUGCGCGAAGGCCGCCCUCAUCGCGGGCGACCGCGAGCUCUUCCACGCGAUCGUCUCGAGCGAGCCGCCCGGGCGGAUGCAGUGCUACAUGACGCAGCUCGUGCGAAAACGAAAGGCGCGCGACCUCACCAGCGCGGAGCCGAUGCUGCUGGAGGAGCAGUUCGAGUUCGCCGCGCCGCUGUGGACGAAACGGGGGACGCGGGUGGAUCGGAACACCCUCGAGGGCGCCCUCGACGCCGCGCGGAUGCAGCGCUAA